AUGACCCUUCUGAGUAGAUUCUUUUAUAGGAGACCCCCGGAUGGAUUGCUUGAAUUUGUUGAAAGAGUAUACGUUUUUGAUUCGUGCUUCUCCACUGAAGUCUUGCCGGACGGUAUGUACCAAGUAUACCUGCACGAAAUCGUGACCGAGUUACAUGAAGAAUUUCCGGAGUCAUCAUUUCUGGCUUUCAAUUUUCGCGAGGGUGAAAAACCAAGUAGUUUUGCCGAAAUUUUAUGUCAAUUUGAUGUUGCUGUAUUGGAUUAUCCACGACAAUAUGAGGGUUGUCCCCUGCUUCCAUUGUCUCUAAUUCAGCAUUUUCUUUGUGUUUGUGAAAGUUGGCUUUCAGUUGGGAAUCACCAGAACGUUAUUCUUCUACAUUGUGAAAGAGGGGGGUGGCCACUUUUGGCAUUUCUGUUAGCUAGUUUCUUAAUUUUUAAAAAGCUGCACAGUGGAGAGCGUAAGACUCUUGAAAUUGUUCAUCGAGAGGCUCCCAAAGGUUUCUUGCAGCUCCUUUCACCUUUAAACCCCUACCCUUCUCAGCUUCGUUACCUUCAGUACAUAGCACGAAGGAAUAUAACUCCUGAAUGGCCUCCUCCUGAGCGUGCUCUUUCUUUGGAUUGUAUCAUUCUUCGAGCCAUUCCGAGCUUUGAUGCCCAAAAUGGAUGCAGGCCAAUUAUUCGCAUUUUUGGUAGGAAUCUUCAUAACCAAGACGGCUUAUCAACGCAGAUGCUUUUCUCCAUGUCCAAGAAAAGGAAGGUGCUUCGACAUUAUCGUCAGGUUGACUGUGAUGUGAUUAAAAUCGAUAUCCAGUGUUUGGUGCAAGGCGAUGUUGUAUUGGAGUGUGUCCAUUUGGAUCUGGAUCCUGAAAGGGAAGUUAUGAUGUUUCGCGUAAUGUUCAACACUGCAUUUAUUCGAUCCAACAUAUUGAUGCUGAAUUCUGAGAACUUGGAUAUUCUUUGGGAUUCAAAGGAGCGGUUUCCAAAAGGCUUCCGAGUAGAGGUUUUGUUUGGGAAGGUUGAAAAUUCCUCCCCUCCUAAGGCUCCUAUAACAGUUUUAAAUGGUGAGGAGAAAGGGGGAUUACCUAUUGAAGCUUUUUCUCGUGUUCAAGAACUCUUUAGUGGUGUUGAGUGGGUUGAUAACAGUGAUGAUGCUGCCUUGUGGCUACUUAAACAACUUUCAGUCUUGAGUGAUGUGAAGGAAUUGUCCAGAUUGCAGAAUAAAGGAAAUUUAUACGCAUCUCCUGCUGAUUCUGAGGAGGAAAACAAUGCAUCUAGCACUGCUGAUAGUUCGGAUGAAGCAUUUGAUGUGAUCAAUAAGCCUUUGGUGGAUCCAACAAGUUCUCUUCUGCCAGACAUUGGUGAUACAGUUCCCUUGCACUCAGAAAAUGAUAGUUUACAAGAUUUAGAUCAUGCAUCCGUUGAAACUGUUCAGGUAGUUUCAAGUUCAGGUAUGCCGUCUCAUUUAUCUUCUCCAAUGGAACCUUUGGGACCUCAUGUACCCACACCUCCAGAACUACCUCUAAUACCUAGUGAAAGCCUCUCUUUAGGAUGUACACCUCAUGCACCACCUCCACCACCACCACCACCUCCACUGCAUCUACCUUCAUCUGUUAAUACCAUUAGACCUAAGUCAUCCCCACCGCCACCCCCACCCUUACCCCCUACUCUUCUUAGUUUGUCUAAAGGGAACUGCAAUACCUUACCUGUCACUACUGAAAGAGGUCCUCCACCACCUCCGCCUCAUAGUUUAUCUGGUAGAGUGUUUUCAACAUCACUUGAAGCUAUAAACAAUGGCACCUCCUCCUCCUCUCCCCUACCCCCUUUCAGCACUUCCGAAGAGCUGCUACCAACCCCACCCCCUCCUGCACUUUCCUCUCAAUUGUUAUCACCACCCAUGCCGCCACCCUUGCCUCCACCCCUACCCCCAUCCUUGCAUCCACCUUCGUCGGGAAGCAAAUCCAAAAAGCAAACAUCUUACCAACCCCCCCAACCACCUCCUCCUCCUCCUCCAAGGGCAAUAUCUACUACUAGUUUCACUCACAGGGGACCUGCUCCGACACUGACACCGCCUCCACCACCACCACCUCCAAUGGCAACCUCUACUGCUAGUUCCUCUCAUAAGGGACCUACUCCGCCACCACCUCCAAUGGCAACCUCUACUGCUAGUUCCUCUCACAGGGGACAUAAUACUAGUGUCCCUCGGCCGCCUCCGCCUCCGCCACUUGCAGGACCUGCAAGGUCAGGUUCUGUUCCUCCUCCACCCCCUGCACCUAAAGCUCCUAUUGUGCCCCCUCCACCACCAAGCUCUGGCACACGGCUGCCAAGUGCAAAAGUGUCCAAUGUGCCACCACCACCACCUCCAUCUAGUGGUAGGGGAAAGUCUUUGGGACAGACAGGUCAUGGAAGAGGCCGUGUACUUUUUGCGAGUAAUACACCGAAGAAAAACUCGUUGAAGCCAUUACAUUGGGUCAAAGUCACUCGAGCAAUGCAAGGGAGUUUAUGGGCUGAUUCUCAAAAACAGGAUAAUCAAUCAAGGCCCCCUGAAAUUGAUAUGUCCGAACUUGAAAGUUUAUUCUCAGCAGCCUCUGUUUCAAAUGGGAGUAGUACUAACAAACUUGGAGGCCGACGUGGUUCUAACAUCAACAAACCUGAGAAAGUGCAAUUAAUUGAUUUGCGCAGAGCAUAUAAUUGUGAAAUAAUGCUUACAAAAAUAAAAAUCCCUCUGCCUGAUAUGAUUUCUGCCAUACUAGCAUUGGAUUCUUCGGUUCUUGAUAUUGAUCAGGUGGAGAAUCUGAUUAAAUUUUGUCCCACUAAAGAAGAAAUGGAACUGCUAAAGAAUUAUACAGGUGACAAGGCAAUGCUUGGGAAGUGUGAACAGUUUUUCCUAGAGCUGAUGAAGGUUCCCCGAGUAGAAUCAAAAUUACGAGUAUUUGCAUUUAGAAUCACCUUUUCUUCUCAGGUGGAUGAAUUAAGAUCUAGCUUGAGCAUCAUUAAUCAUGCAACUGCAGAGGUAAAAGAAUCCGUGAAAUUGCGUCAGAUAAUGCAGACGAUUCUCACAUUGGGAAAUGCUUUGAAUCAAGGCACUGCACGAGGAUCUGCUGUGGGAUUCAAAUUGGAUAGUCUCCUUAAAUUAUCUGAUACACGUGCAAGAAACAACAAGAUGACUUUAAUGCAUUAUCUAUGCAAGCUUCUAUCAGAGAAAAUGCCAGAGUUGCUGGAUUUUGACAAAGAUCUUGUUCAUUUAGAAGCUGCUUCUAAGAUUCAAUUGAAAAAUCUUGCUGAAGAAAUGCAAGCUGUGAGUAAGGGUCUUGAAAAGGUUGAGCAAGAACUCACUGCUUCAGAUAAUGAUGGUGAUAUCUCUUUGGGCUUUCAGAAGGUGUUGAAGAAUUUCCUUGAUACGGCUGAAGCUGAAGUAAGGUCACUUAUCUCCUUAUAUUCUGAAGUGGGAAGAAAUGCUGAUUCAUUAUCCCAGUACUUUGGAGAGGAUCCGGCACGAUGUCCUUUUGAACAAGUGACUCAGAUAUUGGUCGUUUUUGUUAAGAUGUUCAAGAAAUCACGGGAGGAGAACGAGAAGCUAGCUGAUGCCGAGAAAAAGAAACUGGAAAAGGAAGCCAUGAAAGAGCGAGCAGCUGUAAAGAAGGAUGGGGCCGAUACGGAUGAGCCAAAUCUUACUUCUCAAAUCCUGAAACACACACUGCGAUCAUAAAGAUGCUUUUAUAGUUGAAGACUUCGAAUACCACAUUUCAGUAAAUAAUCUUAUGGAGAUUUGGUGGGUAAAGACGGGAAUGG